CAAGUUGUUUGCAAAAAGAAUCCAGUUCGAUCUGCAGUUGUGACUCCGACUAUCGCAGCCGGCGGUCGAUCUGUUCGCACCCACAAUUUGAACAUUGGGACAGACAUAUCCGGCAUCCUCCCAAGAUAAGCCACUUUAUGCUUGUCUCGGGUCAUCUUAUGCUGGAGACACUCUCUAUACCAACAUUACUACUCGUGUGACCACACCUACGGUCUCUCAUGCAUCGAUUUCCCUGUUAUCCUUCCUCGCUCUUUGUCCAUAAUGAAACAUGAAACAGGCCGCCUUGACCCGACAUGCUGCUUCUCUGCAAAGCUAUCACAUAGCACGCAUUACCAGCAAUAAUACCAGUACAGCCGUCCUGAGUCCGAAUAGCUCGUCGCAACCCAAGCUAGUCGCGUAUUCAUGCUGGCCAUCUUCACAUCGACUCUAUUCAGCACAUACUGCCCCUCAAUCCGAGCGGGCAGACAGGGUUGGAGUCCUACCUCAGAAUGAGCAGGCUGGGUCUUAUGCAAGACGUGAAAAGCAAAGGUUGACAAAUAAAGAAUUCUUCACAAGUCUUCUUAGCUCUGCACCUACCAAGCGAGAUGCAAAAGCCUUCAUAUCUAGGCUGAAAAGCCCGACCGGUACAUCGAGUGCCUCAGGACCCGGCAUACUUCCUGCAUCAAAGAAGGCUCAAGCCCCGUCCAAGGUCGGAGACCUGUUAUAUCGGAAUCGGGCCGUGGAAGCAAGCCCUGUCUUUACACAAUUCGAGAAAGAGUCGGAGCAAACAAUAGAAGAGCAAGAGACUCUGCACGUCGCUCUGCUGAAGAUCAGCAAUGUAAGCUGCAUGCCUGACGAUAUUGUCGGUGGCAUCGCCAAAACUCUCUCAUCUCUAGCUCGCCUGGGCAUGGUGCCUUGUGUGGUGCUCGAAGAGUCAGAUCAAUUGGGCGACGCCAGCUUCCGCGGCCACUUUCGAAGGACGGCUGACCGAAUGGUGGACGCCAUUGAUGGUGUGAAUGAGUCCGGGGCCGGAAGACUUGACAACAUCUUCAACGUUGGAUCGGACGGACGUCCGAGUGUCUUCCUUCGAAAGCUCUUGACGCGUCCUCUACGCAGAGGUAAAAUUGCGGUAGUUGUGCCAAUUGCUUAUUCGGAAGAGAAUCAACAUGCAGUCUCAAUUACUGCUGACGAAGCUGUAUUGGCACUUACCAGAGAACUUGCAGGCCUUGACUUCAAUCCGGCAGCUGGCGAACCUAUCAAGCAGCGUACCCAGAAGAUGGAUUCCACAUGGAAACAGAUUUCUUUGGACAGGAUUAUUGUUAUUGACGAGACCGGAGCCAUUCCGAGCACGAAAUCUGUCGAUCGGAAGCAUGUCUUCGUCAACCUCCAGCAAGAAUAUUCGUCAAUGCAGGAAGAACUGCGGAGCUCGACAGAUGGAAACGUCUCGCCCAAGCAUGCGGCUAAUCUGAAAUUGUUUCGGGAUACCCUGCAAUUGUUGCCUCACUCGGCCUCUGGCCUUUUGACCACUCCACUCGAGGCCGCCAACACAUCACGGACCUCAACCGAGGAUGUCUCCACUGUCGGGACCAGAAGACAGAAGAACCCUCUGAUCCAUAAUCUUCUGACCGACAAGCCUGCGUAUUCAUCAUCGUUGCCGACUCGAAGACUCGGCCAGGAUAAUCCAUCUACGUCUUCGAGCAAUUCGACCUUUGUCAAGCGAGGGAUGCCGUUGGUAGUCCUGCCCCAUCCGGACGUGCAGCCCUGGACGGCCGGGGGGACCCCUCGUUUGAAGCUGACCGACCCUCGAAUUGACCUCGACAGACUGGUUUACCUGAUCGAGGAUUCGUUCAAUAGAAAACUGGAUGUGGAUGCCUACUUGAAGCGGGUCAACGAUAGAAUAGCUGGAGUCAUCAUCGCUGGGGAGUACGAAGGCGGUGCCAUCCUGACCUGGGAGACACCGCAGGGUGCGUCUGACAGCGACAACGCCCGUCUGGUCCCUUAUCUGGACAAGUUCGCCGUAUUAAAAAGAAGCCAAGGGGCUGGGGGCGUUGCCGACAUAGUCUUCAAUGCCAUGGUCAGAAGCUGUUUCCCGAACGGUGUCUGUUGGCGCAGUAGGAAGGACAACCCGGUUAACAAGUGGUACUUUGAAAGGUCACGCGGAACAUGGAAGAUCCCAGAGACCAACUGGACCAUGUUUUGGACGACGCCGGGGCUCGAAGACCCGGAUAAAAGUCGAACGUUCCUAGACUACGAGAGUGUCUGUCGAAACGUCCAGCCAACGUGGGCCGACGGCAAAAAAAUCGCGGAUUAGAGGUUCAAUAACAUCGAUUGUGGGUAUGUUGCCUUUUCAAAAACUCCGCGCUCAACCAACAGUAUACCCAAUAGACUAUGACAAUGACACACUAGUACAGACAGUACAGAGCACGAAAUAAAAGUAAGAUAUCAAGUGCAGCGGCCAUCAGACGCCUGGCUUCUUUUCAGUAGUGACUUUCGACACCAUGCGCAUGGACUCUCUGGGCUCGACCUGAUCAAACGAGCCAUUUGGCACGAUUCUGUCGUCCCGAGCCUGGGCUCCAUGGUUGUCGGAGCCUGAAGGUCCCGGCCUCUUCAAUUGCUGCACAUUGCCACGGAACAAAGCUAGCAGAUAGCUUGAGGUGAGGAUCUCGGUUGUGUUAGGAGCGCCAUCCUCGCUGAGAUCAUUUGCAUGUAUGCGACAGAGGCCAUCUGGCCGGGCGUCUGACUCGCGGCGUGCUGCUGCCGCUGCCUCCGCCUCGGUGUCGUUCUUGACAGGCUUGUGGUUCUUGGAUAUCCAGACAUUUCCGAGCGCGGCGCUGGCAAAGAUACUCAGGCCCAAGAUGGGCAAGAUGGAAACAAACGCCCACAUGGUGGCGGUGGCGCCCUGUUUCCGGAUGGCCAACUGCUCGGCAGGCGGGAGCUUGCUGAUGGCGUCGAGAGAGUCGUUGUUAUGCAUGUUGAACGAGACAUCGGCAGUGUUGCUGCCGGACUUGACGGUGCUUGAGCCAAAGUAGUCGCUCAUUUGGUUCUGGAAAACCGAGCCCAUGAUGGUCAGGGCCAGGGUGCCGCCGAAGGGCAUGGAGAAGCGCAACAGACUGUACACCGGGGCCAGGCGGUCGCGGAACAUGCCGGCCAAAUGCAGGUUCGAGGGCAUGAAUCGCAGGCCUGUGCCGGCGCCAGCCACGACCAUCAUGACAUUCACCAAAGUGGCGUUGCGCGAUUUGACCGCGUACGCUAGGGUGGAGAUGCCUGCCGUUUCGAUGACGGUGCCGACGAGCAACGGCCAGAACGUCUGGCGCGGCCGCACAUUGCAGACGUAGACGGCGCUGUAGACGCCGACCCCGAGCCCUGGGACGUAGUAGAGCAGCUGGGUGCCGGCGUGGCUGGCCUUGUCGCCCUCGACGACGGUAAAGUAGAUGCCAAUGAAAUAAAAGACGGAAUAGAGUGCCGAACCGGCCGAGGCGGCAAGGGCGCAGAUCAGACUGACGUCCUUGGAGGCCAGGACCGAGCUGGGAAUCAUCGGGACCGUCUUGGGGAAGAGACGGUUCAGCAGCCGCGUAGGCGCCAGAAGGGCUUCGUAGGCGAGGAAGACCAGACACAGGAUCGCUCCAAUCACCAGACUUGAUAUCACCGCUGCAGAUCGCCAUGGGUACGUCGAGCCGCCCCAGGCUGUGCCCAGAAUGACCAGCCCGACACCGACGAUAAACAAAAAGAUGCCACCAAAGUCGAGGGUCGAGAUACCCGUGGUGAAGGCCUGCAGACGGGAUUGUCCGGCCGGUGGUCGCGACAACGAGACUCGGCCUGGCUUCAGGUCUUUGCGUAAUAUGGAGAUUGUGAGGACGCUCACGACCGACAUGCCGGCGCAGAGGACGAAACAAUACCGCCAGUUGGUAUUGGUGAGAUAGCCGCCAAUGACUGGGCCAACACCUGCAGAUAGUAGUUGUCAGGCGCAAUUACUUUGGAAGAUUGUAUAUGCGGGCAGCUGGAAUCCAGGUUUUAGAACUUACUGUAACCCACUCCAUUCAUUAGCUGGAAGAUACUGGUGUUGACAGCUUGCUCGCGCAGCGACACCUGAUCCGCGAGAACGAUCAUGACCACAUUCGAGAUUCCGGCCGUGCCCACACCUUGCAAAGCUCGGCCUAGCAGCAGAACAGCCCAGUCCGGGGCUGCUGCACAGAGAACGCUGCCAAUGGUGAGAAGCACAACGGCGCACUGGAGGGAUGAAUGUCGUCCAAAGAUGUCUGCCAAUUGACCCCAUAGGGGAAUGAAGGCGGUCGACGUCAAUGUGAAUGCGGUGACGAUCCAGUUCAACUGGUUAAAUUUGUCUGUCAUGACUCGUUGUCAGUCUUGAACCGGCUUAUGCAUCAUGAAGUCUUCGAAGUAGAACACCCAUAUCAGCAAGUGACUUACUGAAGUGGGACGCGACUUGAGGAAGAGCUGUUGCAACAAUCGUCAAGUCGAGACUGGAUACGAAAAAGGCGGGCACGAGACAAAAGAGAAGCUUCCAUCGGUAUUUGCGCGCAGUGCUCUUGUCCUGUACACAUUGCGGGCAUUUCUGCUUUGACUCAGGGACUGAGUUAGGAGCACUCGCUUCUUGGGCCUUCCGCGCCCUAUAUUCUUUGAUUUUGCGAUAUGUGUAUAUGAACACCAUGUUGGGCACGACGAUGCGCUGGGUGUACUUGAACGGUCAACGUGAAACAAGUGAGAAUUGAAUUGUUGGUAGGACUCGACAUGGGAAAUACUGGAACAGGAACAGCAAUACGACUUGACAUUAUAUGUCUGCUUCAAAUUGGGAGACGCCGUGGUCACGACAGUCACAGUCAAUGCGAAAUCAUUGAGCACUGCACCGGUGGGGCAUGCUAUGGUUUCCUGGGGCUGAAUCACAGCCUGCUCCGCGGA